CGUGGGCAACUUCUUCUUCUCAGGGGCGCGCUCCUUCUUCCGCUCGCUGGACGCGGCCAUCUUCCUCUUCUCACGCGUCUCCAACAUCCCCCAGCGCAGCCUCGUGCUGCCGUGCGUCUGCACCAACGACCGCUUCACGCUCGGCGCCGAGCUAUUUGACGGAAGCAUCAUCCGCGGGCAGAAUGACAUCUCGCACCCCGCUGUCAGCGACAGCCCGCGCCACCUGCCCCUCUCCGUCGACAAGACUUGUGAUGCCUCUCGUGCGCUGCCUGCGCCCAUCCGCCGUGUGUUCUACAUGUCCAGUGAAGGCACCAACCUGCUGCACGAGGUGUUUCCCUGUGUGAACCGGCGCGUGCUGGACCAGGUGGAGGCGGUGGACGCCAUCAUCUACGGCAUCGGCUCUCUCUUCACCUCCAUCUGCCCCUCGCUGAUAUUGCGUGGAGUGGGGAAGCAAUCUCAGCCCGGGCAUGUGCUGGUGCUCAACGGGUCGCUGGACCGCGAGACAGCGGGCAUGGCGGCGUCGGACUUUGUGGUGGCCAUCUCCAACUGCCUCAACCGCACCUUCGGAGACGACUCCCGCCACCGCCUCAAGCACUCGUCCAUGCGCUAUGUGACGCAUCUCAUUGCACCCGAGGGAGGCGCCAUUCCACUGGACCGUGAACGCCUAACAUACUUGGGAGUCACCUCCGUUACCAGCCAUCUGAAUUCGUCUGAAAGUUCGGACUAGGGGUAGAGCUGUCAAACAUGUGUAUUUGUCAUGUUUGUAUAGACUGUAUAGGGUCACCUCUUCG